AUGUGUUUGAGAUGUGUGUAUGUGUAUCAUUUGGAAGUUGCUCACGGUGAGAUUCUUUACGACGACGGUUGUGUCGAAGUUUUGUGUUGGAAUAUUUCGUGGAAUAUCAUACAAGAACUGAAUGAAGACGAGGCAAGUGAUUAUUAUUGGAUACCGUGGAAAAUUAUUGGAUCACGACUAGUUGCGCAGAAAUAUCCAUAUAUCAAACAUAGUUUUGAAUUUAUCAUCGUACCAUCGAACUGCAGUAAAGAUGAAGUCGAACGAACCGAUGUGAACCCGAGAAAUUGUAAGAUAUCGGAUGAAACUAUAAAGCGACAGAUAUGUAAAGUACGAUUCGUUCAACGUAGUGGAAUCAUAGUCGGUGGUAUUAAAAAUUUAGGAUGUGCAGACUAUGAAGGACAACAAAUUAAUAACAUAGAUUAUCAAUAUGAUCGUGAUUAUGAAGUUGACGAAGCCGAUUUAUUCAAUCAUAUUAAUCCAAUGAAAAUUCUAAGACAUAUAAAAAAGAAAGAUUUUGCUGUGUGGAGCAAAUUCAAGGAAUUUAUCUUGCGAUAUAAUCGGAAGUACAAUUCGGUUAAAGAAAUUCUCAAGCGAUUCCAUGUAUAUAAAAUAAAUUUGAAGAUGAUAAAGCUGGCGGAGAUAAAUGAGUUAGGGUCUGCUGAGUAUGGUGAAAAUGAAUUCAGCGAUAUGUCUCCUUCAGAGUUCAAAAAGAUAAUGUUGCCAAGAAUAUGGGAUACAACAGAAAAUGAGAAAAAAAUUCUUAAUAUAGAAGAUUAUGACGUUUUUACAGAUAAUCUUCCUGAAAAUUUCGACUGGCGAGAGAAAAAUGUCGUUACUCCUGUAAAAAAUCAAGGGAGAUGUGGUAGUUGCUGGGCGUUUUCAGUGACUGGAAACAUUGAAGGUGCAUGGGCAAUCAAAACGGGUAACUUGACAUCAUUGUCAGAGGAGCAACUCGUGGACUGCGAUGUUUUGGAUCAUGGCUGUAAUGGCGGUUGGCCUCUGAAUGCCUACAAAGAGAUCAUUCGAAUGGGUGGUUUAGAACCUGAAGAUAUUUAUCCUUAUGAAGGACAUGAAGGUCAAUGUCAUAUAACGAAGAGUGAAUUUGCGGUUUAUAUCAACGAUUCAGUUCAAUUACCAUCCAAUGAAACAGCAAUGGCUGCGUGGCUUGUGCAGAAAGGGCCGAUAUCUGUUGGUUAG